AUGAGCCUGACCUCGCGAGUGCUCGGCCUGUUCUCGACAACAGAGAACUCGGACUCAAACACGAGUAAUGCACAUGAUCUUGCUGGCUCCACACUAAACCAGCCUACAUUCGGCUUCGAUGGCCAGAUAAUGUCCGGCGGCGCCGCCCGCCAUGCGCAGGAUGAUUUAAUAGAGGAGGAGCCCCGUCCGCCAUAUCUUCAUGCAAUGCUAGCAGGUGGUAUCGGAGGCUGCUGUGGUGAUAUGUUAAUGCAUUCGUUGGAUACAGUCAAGACAAGGCAACAAGGCGAUCCGACCUUUCCACCCAAAUACACAUCGAUGGGUUCAUCAUACGCGACAAUUUACCGACAAGAAGGACUCUGCCGCGGAUUAUACAGUGGAGUCACGCCGGCUUUCCUAGGAUCCUUUCCAGGUACCGUAAUAUUCUUCGGAGUGUACGAGUUCACCAAGAGGUUGAUGUUGGAUUCUGGGAUCAACCCCAGCGUGGCGUACCUAUCCGGUGGUUUCUUUGCGGACUUGGCUGCGUCAGUUGUCUACGUGCCGUCCGAGGUGCUUAAAACCCGACUUCAGCUGCAGGGCCGAUACAACAACCCGCACUUCCACUCAGGAUACAACUAUCACGGCACCACCGAUGCAUUCCGAACCAUCGUGCGGCGAGAAGGAUAUUCGGCCUUGUUCCACGGCUACAAGGCGACCAUAUUCCGCGACUUGCCGUUCUCAGCUCUGCAAUUCGCUUUCUACGAACAAGAACAGGCCUUGGCCAAGAAUGGCCGCGACCGCCGGCGGGAUGGCUGGUGUCAUUACCUGUCCGCUCGACGUUGUCAAAACACGCAUUCAAACACAAGUGAAUCAUAUCGAGCCUUCCACCGGGUCAACAAGCACGAAACACAAUGGCGAUCACAGACCCCACGCGGGAUCAUCGCAUUCCCACGGGUCACAUCCCCACUCGCGACCGAUUUCCACCUCAUCACCCUCCACCUCGGUCACACCCCGGGUACACCGCGAUUAGAUACAUCUUCCGUAUUCACGGGCCUGAGGAUGAUCUACCGCACAGAGGGAUUAGCGGGAUGGUUCCGCGGUGUCGGCCCGCGUGGUGUGUGGACCAGCAUCCAGAGUGGAACCAUGCUGGUCAUGUAUCAAUACCUCCUCAAGCAACUCGAGUCCUGGCAAGGGCUUCAAGCGGAAACGCCACUCUGA